GCCCAGGGCUCAAGCCAGGCCCCGCGACCGGAGCAAGGAGGGCGGAGGAUCACAAGGGAUUUUUUGCAGGAGUUAGGUAGUAGAGAGUGUCCGUGGAGGUUCCGCUUCACUGCGGAUGAGCUUGUCGAGCUCGCAGAAGUGCUUCGCCUCCCUCCCAUCCUCGUAACGCACCAUCGUUAUAAUGUCCCUCGCAUCGAAGCACUUGCCCUUACCUGCGCCCGUCUUGCAAGACCGGGUGAUAUCUACGAUCUCGUUAGAGAUUACGAUCGCAGCGCGUCCGCCAUUUCCGAGAUCAUCAACGAGACGGUCUGUCUCAUUGAUGCCACCUGGGCGCACCUACUUGACUUCGACCACAAUCACCUCCUCUCUCCUCACAACCUUUCCAACUAUGCGGCUGCUAUACGCCGCGCUGGUGCUCCGAUGUCCACUAUCUGGGGCUUCAUCGACUGCACACUUCGUCGAAUCGCCCGACCCACUUGGUUUCAGCGCCCCGCAUAUAGUGGUUACAAGAAGUAUCAUGCGCUCAAGUAUCAGGCGGUCAUCAUC